AUGACCACUAUUACAACGAGUCGUUACGCAGCGGCACAUGCAGACCCGCAUGGACCCGGCGAUGCAAGGCCAACUGCCCUCAAAAUCAUCAAAGACGAGCAGCGAGAGGGAACCAUGAGCGACAAGGUCGUCUUCAUCACGGGCUGUUCCUCAGGACUGGGCAUCGAGACAGCGCGAGCGAUGAAAGCCACCGGCGCGACCCUCUUCGUUACGGCUCGCAACCUGGAAAAGGCAAAGCAAGCACUCGGUGAUAUCCUUGACGGCGGCCGUGUUCACCUCCUCAAGUUGGAUCUCGAGUCCCUCGACAGCGUCCGGGCCUGUGUCGAUGAGUUCAAGUCCAAGAGCAGCAAGCUCAAUAUUCUCAUCGAGAACGCUGGCAUCAGGCACGUUCCCCUUGGAAGAAUGCGGGACGGCUACGAAAAGCACUGGGGAACCAACCACCUCUCUCAUUUCCUGCUAUUGGAGCUCCUCAGACCAGUCCUCAUAGCAACAGCCACACCAGACUUCUGCUCUCGUGCCGUCCUCGUCUCGUCCACGGCUCACAGAAACGCUCCCAUGGACUUUUCAGACUUGAACUGGGAAAAGAGGCAAUAUGUUCCCUCAGUCGCGUACGGUCAGAGCAAACUUGCAGAUGUGUACACUGCGAGUGAAGUCGACAGGCGAUAUGGCGCGCAGGGGCUUCAUGCCUGGAGUAUGCACCCUGGAGGUAUCAGGACGGGGCUUCAGGCGCCCAGUCAGUGGGAUAUCAAGGACUGGCUCGUCGUCGUCAAAUCUGGCCCCAUAGCAACGCUCAUGAGCAUGAUGAACGCUGAGCAAGGUGCGUCGACGUCGGUAUGGGCUGCGGUGAGCAGGGAUCUAGAAGGCCAAGGAGGGAAAUACCUGGAGAGAAACCGAUUUAGCGAGCCGUUGAAGAAGGGGUGGAAGAUGAUUGAUCCAGGGCAUGCCGAAUGGGCCUAUGAUGGGGAGGCUGCAGCGAGAUUGUACGACAUGUCUCUCAAGGAGAUCAACCCCUGGCUUGAUUAA